UUUUUUAGGAAACUUGGUCACUAAGUAUCUUUUCGCAUCUCUCUCUCUCUCUCUCUUCUCCAAUUUCAUCCGAACUCGUUCCAUUUCAGUCAAAAGCAAAAAAAUCUCAUCAUUUCACACUCUGCAACUCUUGAAUUCGAGUUUGAGUCAUGAGCUUCUUGAGGCCCUCUGCAUUGUACCACUUUCUGAUCACUUAUCCUUCCCUGCAAUGGAUGCCAUGUCAGAGUUGGGGCUUCCUUCGAUGGCCUGGUCUUGACGGCUUCUUGAGGCUUUUGGUGGUUGUUCUUCUCUGGUCUACCUUCUCUGAGCUUCGUUACAUACCCUCAUCUUCUAUGUACCCCACCCUUCGUGUUGGCGAUCGAAUUAUUGUAGAAAAGGCUUCUUAUUACUUCAGGAGUCCUGCUAUACAUGAUAUUGUAACGUUCCUGGAUCCAACACAGUUUUCUGGAAACAAAACAGAUGUUGUUUUUAUUAAGAGAGUUGUUGCAAAAGCAGGAGAUACUGUUGAGGUUCAUCAUGGGGGACUCUACAUCAAUGGUGUAGCUCAGGAGGAAGAUUUCAUAGCAGAGCCAGCAACAUACACAACAAAAUUAACUUAUGUGCCAAAAGGCCAUGUUUAUGUGUUGGGGGAUAAUCGUAACAAUAGUUAUGAUUCCCAUGUUUGGGGACCACUUCCUGUUAAAAACAUAGUUGGAAGACAUGUCAUGUGCUAUCACAGACCAACAAACAUUUGACACAAAUAAAUUUGAGAUGUACUGGAGGAACUAUAUUCUUUUCUACUUUGGUUUGACCAAGGAGACGGCAUAAUAGGCCAUGGGAUUUCCAAGAAGAGUUCCCUCCCGCUGUUCCACUAACGAAUCAUAUCAUUUCUCAUAUGCUCAUAGCGAGGCUCCUUAAUUCAGAGCAUGAAACAAACUUACAGAAAAAAAUCAUACGAUUUCUACAGGGUUCAGUGUUGUUUGUGUAAUGAAGCAUGUCAUUUACUAACUGAUAUUCGUAUAGGAAUCUCAGUUUCUUUGGUAGUAUUUGUAAUAUAGGCUUAUUUAAGUUGCAGUCAAGGAAAUGUGUGAAAGACAAACAUCUUUUUCAUGUUUUGGACAUUUUAAGUCUUGUUUCUCAAUUGCCACAGGAGACUUUACUUUUAAAAGUUAAAACAUGUAAUAGACACAUGGCAAAAGCGUCCUGGUAGCUUUUCCAACAUAAUUGCUUUAUUCUUUUACCAUUUUUUAGUUCACUAAGCUUGAUUUUUAGCCAUACAAGUCUUUAGGCAA